CUUUUCCUCCCUGUUGUCCCUGGCCUUGUCCGGAGUCGGGCUCAUACCAUGUCGGUCGCACUCAGCAACAGGUUCCAAGGAGGGAAGGCGUUCGGUUUGCUCAAAGCCCGGCAGGAGAAGAGGCUCGAGGAGAUCAAUCGGGAGUUCCUCUGUGACCAGAAGUACAGUGAUGAAGAGAACCUGCCGGAAAAGCUCGCAGCCUUCAAAGAGAAAUACAUGGAGUUUGACCUGAAUAAUGAAGGCGAGAUUGAUCUGAUGUCUUUAAAGAGGAUGAUGGAGAAGCUGGGGGUCCCCAAGACCCACCUGGAGAUGAAGAAGAUGAUCUCGGAGGUGACAGGGGGUGUCAGUGACACCAUCUCCUACCGAGACUUUGUGAAUAUGAUGCUGGGCAAGCGGUCGGCUGUCCUCAAGCUGGUCAUGAUGUUUGAAGGAAAAGCCAACGAGAGCAGCCCGAAGCCAGCUGGCCCACCUCCAGAGCGAGACAUCGCCAGCCUGCCUUGAGGACCCACCCGGACCUUCCGGGCUGCCAUCCCUGCCCCUGCCUCUCCCUCUGCGCUCUGCCAUCUUGACUCAUUGUGUUAGGUCUCCUGGGUUAUGCCCCAGUGGACUCAUUUUUUUUUUUUCUCUAUGUAAGCACAUGUUACCUGACUUAAUGAGGCUGGGAAUCCCGAGCCUCAGGCCCCUCUGCUCCCUGCUGCUCUGCCCUCUUUGUACAAAAGGGCUAACAUCAAACCAAAAACUGGAGAGGGCAGGGAGGCUGCAAACCUCGUUCCCAUGUUUGAAGAGGGCCUGUCCGUCAGUUCAUCUUUCUCAGCUUCUAAAUUAAAUUCAGGCUGCAAGCUGCUCUCGGAAGAUCCAGAGCAGGCACAGAGCUCCAGGGCUCCCUAGUGUCUUAGGGACAUGCUUCCAGUGCCGCUGGACCUUCUAGCAGCGGCUACUCAGUGGCUAGACACACAACUGAUUCCCUUUUGUUCUUGCCCUUGUCCAUUCUCAGCGACAUGACGCAAGGUGGGGAGGAAAGAACAACCUUUGGGUACUUCAGAGGAACCAGAAGGAACCGCUCCUUUACAGACAGCUCAGAGGGACAGUGUAAUGGCACUGUCCCUUGCUAGAGCAGUAGAGGGGUUUGGAGGCAGAGGUGAGGUCAGUGGUGUGAGGGAGUCCUACUUUCAGGGUGGAUGCUGAGGGCACCAGGGUAGAAGUGGAGUCAAGUGUUGAACCUCAAACAGAGAACAGGCUGUCUGAUUGCACAGUGCCCCAAUCCGGCUAUUUACUGUCCUGCCCUACUCUCCCCUCCCUUCACUCCCUCAGUUAUUUAUCGAGUGUGUAUUACAAGCUUUAAGUUCUCUUGCUUUGUCUCCAUGUGUGCUAUGUCCAACUCCUAGCUCCCUUUUCAAAUCCCUCAAGUCCUGGAGCUUGGGGAUUAGAUGGAGGUAACAUGGCAGAUUUUAGCUGGGCCAGUCCUUCCAUUUCACUGCUGGCCUCCAGGGGUUAAGUGCCUUGCUGAAGGUUGGUGGGGGCUAUCAGAGAGUGUGGACUGGAGACCCGCUCUAGGCUGCAUUGGUCAAAGGAAAGGGUAGAGAGCAGCAUUUCCCAGCCUGAUACUUGAGGAAGGUGUGGUCUCCACGGAACACCUUGGGUCAGGACUCACCCUCCUGAGGGCCUCCAGGUUGGCAGUGAGAUUUCAGUAAGCACCAAGCCUAGCUUUGCAGAUUGUCUUCCUUACAGCUUCCUGACUGGUCUUCAGAGACCAUUUCCAAGAAUUCAUGCAGCAAAGUAUCAAAUGUCUUACCCGAGUGGGGAACCUCAGCCUUGACCCUGCUUGUGUUCUGGAACCAUUUACUCUGGGCACUCAGGACGAGACAGUCACUCAUCACACAUAUUUAUCAAGCACCUGCUCAAUGACACGAGUCCAGAACCCGGCAGUGAAAUGGACUGAUGUAUGAAAUUUAUGUCUACUGGGGAAUCACUCCCAGCCAAUCUAGCCAAUGACUAUGAUAUGGAGUGGGGGGGAGUGCAAGAGGUGAGUACCAUGUAGUCCCAGGGAUUCCAGCUGGGCUCAUAAUUUGGCAAGUGUCAGAGGAGCCUCUGUAAAACCUUAAGUGGAAAAGACAGGGAAGCGUUGAGCUAAUGUGCUUUUCCUGUGGCUCUUGUUCCACAGUCCAAUACCCAGGGUGCUGUUCCCACAGCAGUGAGAGAGAGAGAGAGUGAAGCAAACAGGGCAUGGAAUGGUUAGCUCCAGUUCGUCCUCUGGUCUCAACCAGUUCAGUUCAGGAGAGAGAUCAUUUCGCUAUGACUGGCUGAUUUUCAGCCCUAGGAGCUGCUUCAAAUGCACAGUCUAGUUGAAGUUUAAACCCCAGCAUUCCUCCCUAUAAAUAUAAAAUCCUGUCUACCCUCACCCCAUCCUUUGACUUAUUUUUCUUUUAAGAUUAGCAUCUCUGCCCCCAUUUCCUCCUGCCUUCCUUCUCUGAGCGGGCUGGGACCUUGGACUGCAUUGGGUCCCUAUUCUAUGUGACAGAGGAAGGAAGAAUCAGCCGGCUCAGUGGGUCCACAACUCAUGAGCUUACACACCACCUCCAUAAAGGAGUGUGCCACUGACCUCUGCAGAGCACAGAAAGAGGCAGUGGUCUGAAGAUCAAUCUAUGGGAAGACUUAAGAAUGACCCUUUAAUGGAGGAGUUGGCAUAUAUUUCAAGUUGUGUCUGUUGGUUCCAGGGUUUUUAACCUCUCUAGUUAAGGGCUUAGCUUUCUUGGGACAUCGGCUGCCUUAUUUCUGAAAAAGACCAAAUGUAACUGGUGUAACCAGCAGUUUGGGGAUUGCCAAGUAUGGCUUUGCCCUGUGACUCAAAAGAUGUUUGUAAGGUAGAUUUGGGUGAGUGCCAUUAUUGUGUGCAUGUGUGUAUGUAUGGAUGGGAUGUGGUCUCCUGCAGACUGAAAUAAACUAGAGCAAUUUA